GCGAGCGAGCGAGCCGGCAGGAGGAGGAGGAGGAGGAGGGCAGCGGGGAGGCGAGGCCGCAGAGGCGGAGGGAUCUGCGCAUCAAAGCGAGCAAGGCGAGCAAAGUUUGGCUGGGGGCUGGACUUUCUUUCCCGGAGGUGGCACCCAAACAGCCACUCCGUGCGGAAACCCAAACUUUCUGCUGCCACUCCGAGCCUCGCGGCCGCCGCCUCCGCCCCGCGAUUGGGGCCUUCUCGAUCCCGCGCCGCUGCCGUCCGCCGGCCCGUCCGCCCCGCGCAGCUCUUCUCCUUGUCGCGGGAGCCGCUCAGGCACAGGGCCGCGCGCCGAGACCCGCAGGCUGCAACGCCGCGGCCCGGCCCAGCGCACCGGCAAGUUCGCCGAGAGUUGAGGCGAAGUUUGGGCUGCGCGGCCGGCCCGGGCUCCGCGCCCCCGGCGUCCCGCCGCUCUCAGCCCCGCCGGGGGCGCCCCUCUCCGCCUGCGUUCCCUCCCCAACCAUGUCGUCCAUCCUGCCCUUCACCCCGCCGAUCGUGAAGCGCCUGCUGGGCUGGAAGAAAGGCGAGCAGAACGGGCAGGAGGAGAAGUGGUGCGAGAAGGCGGUCAAGAGCUUGGUCAAGAAGCUUAAGAAGACGGGGCAGCUGGAUGAACUGGAGAAGGCCAUCACCACGCAGAACGUCAACACCAAGUGCAUCACCAUCCCCAGGUCUUUGGAUGGCCGGCUGCAGGUGUCCCAUCGGAAGGGGCUGCCCCAUGUCAUCUACUGCCGCCUGUGGCGAUGGCCUGACCUGCACAGCCACCAUGAGCUGCGGGCCAUGGAGCUGUGUGAAUUCGCCUUCAACAUGAAGAAGGACGAGGUCUGCGUGAACCCCUACCACUACCAGAGGGUAGAAACGCCAGUUCUACCUCCUGUGCUGGUGCCACGGCACACAGAGAUCCCGGCCGAGUUCCCCCCGCUGGACGACUACAGCCAUUCCAUCCCUGAGAACACCAACUUCCCCGCCGGCAUCGAGCCCCAGAGCAAUAUUCCAGAGACCCCACCCCCUGGCUACCUGAGUGAAGAUGGAGAGACCAGCGACCACCAGAUGAACCACAGCAUGGACGCAGGUUCUCCAAAUCUGUCCCCAAAUCCGAUGUCCCCAGCACACAAUAACCUGGACCUGCAGCCAGUCACCUACUGCGAGCCAGCCUUCUGGUGCUCCAUCUCCUACUACGAGCUGAACCAGCGUGUCGGGGAGACAUUCCAUGCCUCGCAGCCAUCCAUGACGGUGGACGGCUUCACUGACCCCUCCAACUCCGAGCGCUUCUGCCUAGGCCUACUGUCCAAUGUCAACAGGAACGCUGCCGUGGAGCUCACACGGAGGCACAUCGGGCGAGGUGUGAGGCUCUACUACAUCGGAGGGGAGGUCUUCGCAGAGUGCCUCAGCGACAGCGCCAUCUUCGUCCAGUCUCCCAACUGUAACCAGCGCUACGGUUGGCAUCCAGCCACCGUCUGCAAGAUCCCACCAGGAUGCAACCUGAAGAUCUUCAACAACCAGGAGUUCGCCGCCCUCUUGGCUCAGUCUGUCAACCAGGGCUUCGAGGCUGUCUACCAGUUGACUCGAAUGUGCACCAUCCGCAUGAGCUUCGUCAAAGGCUGGGGAGCAGAGUACAGUCCCCCCCAUCCCUUUCCCUGUUCCUGCAGGAGACAGACAGUGACCAGCACCCCCUGCUGGAUUGAGCUGCACCUGAAUGGGCCUCUGCAGUGGCUUGACAAGGUUCUCACCCAGAUGGGCUCCCCCAGCAUCCGCUGUUCCAGCGUGUCUUAGAGACCCUGGGAGUGAAGAGGGAGGGGAGGGGAGGGCGGGCUUGGGGAAAAUGGCCAUGGAGGAGAAAGGAGAAAAUCAGAACUCUCCUCAACCCGUUCUUGUCAAGGAAGAAAAUCUUCUCUCUCAACCAAGGUGGCACCAACCUGUUUUCCAAAGCACAGAAGCAAACCCAGUGAUGGAUUUUAUGAACAGUUGUACCUGCUGAACACAUAUGCCCUAGGCUCCAGCGUGAAGGGCAAGAAAUGGCUUCUGCUCCAGUGGCUUGUGCCAACAGGUAGUGUUUCACCACCUGCCCCUUCCUGCAGCCACCUCCUUUUUUAAUGAGAUCUGGGAUGUCACAGUCCAACAGGAAAGCCUCUCUGCCCAGGGCUUGGUGUGGAAUUCAUCUUGGAAGGUGUUCCAUUUCUCUGGCACUUUUGAUUAAGAGCCUCUCGGAUAGAGCAUUCCCAGCCAUACCCCACCAUGCUGGCAGUGGGCACCUGAUGAGCUGACUGCGCAUGGGGAGGGGCUUGCCCGGCUGGCUCCCCUCUCAGAACACACUGAUUGGUGUGAGCAAGCACGUUCGGCAGAAUGUGUUCCUGGGACCCUGGGAAAAGUUGACGAGACCCAUCUCUUCAAAAACUUUUUUGCCCUUCCUCACUUGGAAAAGUGGGGAGGAUCUGCUGAGUCUCAGUGCGUAUGCAAUGUAUAGUUUCUAUUAUCACAUUAAUCUCAAAGAGAUUUGAAUGACAUUAAGUGUUCACAUGAAGCAAAGGGCAGUUGGAUGUAGUGGCAUUCGGGCUGAGGCAGCACUACCGCGAGUGCAUCCCCGGUUGUCUCGCGCCGUAUUCUGAUGCAUUCGGCUAUGUUGGUUUAUGUAGUCGGUUGCAUUAAUUAAACCAACUUUAUCAUAUGCUCUUUUAAAUGUUUGUUUUAUAUUAAAAAACAAAAGUUCCUGGGUAGGCAUAUCGACUGGGAAAGCAGACUGGGACCCAACAACUACUUCUCUCCCAAGGUGAAGCUUUUCCAGGUUCUGUUGAGACACCUGUCAGCACUUUUGGAAGCUGAAAUUUACAGAAGUAAAUUCACCAAAAGGGAAAAAUCUCAGGCUAACAUAGGCAAAUGAAAAGGGCUAUUAAAAAUUUUUUAUACCUUUGAAAAUUGCAGGCUUGAUGCAAAGAGAUCUGUCAUCUUCGCCCUGGGACGUGAUAUUAUGUAGCUUGUGGCAGAGAACCCUCAGUAACAACUAUUGCAGUGAUGCUGUGUGUUAAGUACAGCACCCAAGGGCAAUUAGGUAGAAAACUAGUAUACAUUAUUUCAACUGGAAAAAGAAAAACCGAAACAGAUUCUUUUACUGGCCUUUUGCAGAAUACAGCAGACACAGGAUUGCCACCUGCAAUUGGUACUUUAUUCUUUGCUGCUGUUUUUAUAUGAAAUGACUUAUCCACAUUUUUGCAUGAAUUUAUACCAGGAAAAAAAGGGGGGAGGGGAUUUCCUAUAGAAGUCCUGUCUUAUUCUAGGUGAAGGGAAUAAAGUGUAUACUUUUGGCAGGUCAUAAACCAUAAAUGUGAUGAAAUUCCUCAUGCUCCUUGAAGAUGUCGGGGACUUCCUGGAAUCUCACCUGCAGGAUCCAGUGCCCCUGCAGCUAUGGUCUUGAGAUUCCCAUCUAGGAGAACUGCUCCCUACACCUUAUGAGGACACAGGAAGAGAUGGAAUGAACACCUUGCUCACUUGUGUGAGUCUUUCCACAAGGGUGUUGACAGAACCCAGAGAUAAUACAAACCCUCUCACUUCCUCAGAUAGGUGCAAAUGCUGUGGGUAUGGAAUUUGUGCUUGGCUAAAAGUGGUCUGUAGACUGCUAUACACACACACACACGAGGCCUUCUGAACCUCCCGUGUGUGCCUUCAUGCUCCUGAUCAGCUCAGAACUCGGGGCAGGAAUAUUCCAUUUUGGCUUCUGCUGGAGCAAUCACAGCCCCUCGCAUGCAAGCUGCGGGCAGUGGUUUCUGAGGCUCGCACUCCUCACCUAUUACGUAAGAGCUUCCUAUGGCACAGUUGUCCUCCAGGUGCUUGGGGACAGCUUUAGGUGUAACACAAUCUUGGUGAUGUGCUGGUCAUAAUUGGCUGCAUUUCGGAGGGCGUCUUAGAACCCUCAAUGCUCAGAUCUGAUGGAUGCUUCUAAUUGGCAUGAAGUUUUGAGUUUUGUGUUUUUUUCCAAAGGCUGUUUUCUUGACCCUUUUCCUUAAGAGACCACCAAAGGAUAUGUGAGGAAACUGUAGGCAGAUCUACUUUUGGCAUCCGUGAAAAUAAAUUUGGUCAUUUUUGGAUGUCAGGGAAUGGUACCUUUCCCAUCCUGGAACACAAAUAGGUCCUUUGGGCAUGUGUAAUAUUAGUGUCCUUCUUAAGUCACAAAACUAGUUUUCUUAGUUUUAAAUCUUAUAUGAAUGACAUUUAUACAUUUUAAAAACUUUUUUAAAAGGACAGCUGAAAGAGGCAAGAGGAAAACCAGGGCAGUUUCAGAGGCAUGGGAAGGGCUGCCGGACAGCAGUUUUAAGUGUAGUUUGCUCAGGCAACAUGACCUCAUGUGCUGUCCCCCAGCUGCAUCCGGUGUCUGCAGCACUCCCGAGGAGCCAGCUUUUAGCACCUUUCCUUCCCCACCACUCUCUGCUUCCUCACUUAAUUCAGUAACAGACCCUCCAGUGCACACGCAGGUAGCUGCCCCAGCCGGUUUGGACUACAGGCCUGUGCUGGCGCAUCAUCUCAGCUGGCCACUUUCUUGGCAGGCUUUGGAGGACCUGACACCUAUGACUAGCCUGGAGUCAGGAGCAGGGACUCUGACUCUUGGGAAGAAAACACAUGAGGGCAAUGCUGCUGGCAGACUUUCCCAUUGUCCUGAUGUGGUCUGUUUUUUUUUUUUUUUUAAUUGACCGUAGUUAUUUUUUAAAUUGUUAAUGUAUUGAAAUGAGCUGUAGCACAUAUUGUGUGCUUAGUCUGUUUUUCUCCAUCUCCCUUUGGCUUCCUAGAGUCUGGACCUAGUCCAGGGCUGAAUGCCUUUACUCAAACCACAGGAAGGUUUUCUUUUAAGUAGUGUGUGCAUGUUGUGCAUGGACAUAAGUUGUCCAGGGAGCUGUCAUUCUUAGCCCCACCUGCCAUUUCUGAGGCUUCAUGAUUGUGCCCUCUAGUCUUCAAAAGGAGAGGCUGGGAAAGGACUCUGCAGGCUGCUCGCAGGACUGUUUACCUAGGGGGCCACUAGUAGCCAGAGAUGGCACAAGCUUGGCUCCGGACGCUGUUUCUUACAGUGUGCUUUAAGUGGCUAGAGUUGGGUGUUUUCUCAGAAUGUACAUGUGUCUCAUUUUUAGUAGAAGAAAACCUUAGCACAGCUAGGUUGUGCCAUUUUUCUUUUUGUGGCAUCAACGCUCCCCCGUAGGACCCCUUCAAGUAACAGUCUUCACAUUGUCCAUCCCCCUCUUAAGGAGCAUCGGCCACUUCCUGGAGUGGAUGGAAUGCAGGAAACAUACUCAAGAGAAUGUGGGUCACCAUGAUGAUGUAGCACCCCUGAUGGGAGGUGUCAGUCAGCGGGGAUGACUUGGUACACAGGCACCUCUUCAGAAACACAGCUGUCAUGUAAAAGAAACUCACCUCUUGGGCAAACUGGAGUGAGAAAUUCUCAGUGAUUCUGUAAUUGAUUUUUGUUUUUUUAAUGCAGAAAUAAUGGAUACUCUAGCAUUCUGGUGUUUUUAUAUUUAUGUAAUAAUUUCUUAAAACCAUUCAGACAGAUAACUAUUUAAUUUUUUAAGACAGUUGCGAAGGCCUCUCCCUUCUGAGGUCAGUGGCUGGAAGAGUUGGGUACAGCCAGUUCUGAAUGUUGGUGCCUUGAGGAGUGUAGUGGCUUUUUUGGCUCAGCAUCUAGAACUCCAAGCGAGGCUGGCUGCACAAGUGACAGUGUGUAAAAUCAGGCAGCUCUGAGUCAAAUCUAGGCCCUCCACAGGGAUCCUGGGGUGAAGACGCUACCCAGAGAGGGAGCCACUUUUAUCCAGGAGGCCUGCACUGCUGCCACUGCCAACAGGCUGUUCUGGACUCCUGUGUUGGCAUGUGUCGGGGUGAAGACGAGAAUGUGGAGGAUGUUGAUUACCUUCACUAUUCAGCCAGCCUGACCUUUUAAUAUCUUUGUAAAAAGCAUGUACCUAUUUAUAGUGUUUUAGAUUUUUCUAAGUUUUGUAUCUUAAAAGCAGAGCACCUGUUCUAAGCAUUGUACCCCUAUUGUUAAAGAUCCGUGUCCAUUCCCCUUCCCUUCCUCUUGUAAGUGCCCUUCUAAUAAACUUUUCAUUGAAAAGCUCCUA